AUGGCAUUGGACAUGAACAUACAAGAGUUGCUGAGACUAUGCGGGAGAUUCAAAAGCCUCAACUUCAAACAUACUCCAAGGGCUCAGAACGAGUUCACUGACGCGCUAGCUACAAUAGCCUCUUUGAUUCAGCACCCCGAGAGUACCAACAUUGAUCCGCUGGAGAUCACUCUGAAAGAGGAACAGGAUCACUACGCCCACGUCAAGGCCGAGCCAGAUGGCAAACCAUGGUACGCUGACAUCAAGGCAUACCUAGAGAAAUGGGAGUAUCUUCCAAAAGGCUUAGGAAAUCAGAAGAAAAGCAUCAGGAGACUAGCUAAUGGAUUCUUCUUGAACAAAGAAGUAAGAGAACACCCAACCUCAGGGUAUUCAGAUGUGUAG